AUGCCCAACAUCUCAUUUUCAGGAGCCAAGAAACGAAAGACACGCCACUCAGGCUACAUCUUCAAGAUGGCGCGGCGAGAACCCGGUGUCACACAGCUGGGGCUUGCAUCAAGCGGUCUGCUAUCGCUCGUUGACGAACUGCUUCUUAACAUCAUCGAUCAAAUCGACGCUCACGAGACAUUAUACAACCUUGCUGCAACAUGUAUGCGCUUCCAGGGUCUCAUCGAGCCCUAUAUUUGGCGAUCGUUGCUGGUGCUCAAGGGGGAUCACGCACGCCGGAUCGCUGCGGCACUGGACAGUCGUGCAGAUCGUAUAGACUACAUUCAAGAAUUGUCUAUCCGAUACAGAGAUGAGUACAGGGAUGGGAUAGAAGAGUUGAACCAUUUCAUGGCCUUGAUGAGUAGGCUGCGUCAUCUGACCAUUGAAACCCCAUGUCCGAAUAACACAGAGUGGAGGCAGGGCAUGUACUUCGAUGGAUGGUCGCGGAUUGAUUAUACGAAUUUACUGGCUGCAGCCGUGUAUCCUAGAUUGGAAAUGCCACUUACGCUACCUGCAUUACAAUCGUUGACAUUGCAUGCACAUAAUGCUGGUGCUCAAAAGUUCGUCCUCGGUCGCGCAGUAGCCAUGUUCAGGCACCCUACCUUACGAACGAUCAAUCUGUCUUGCUUGAAUUUCGACGGGGACAUUCUUUCAGAGGAUGAGCUAGCGGAGUGUCGCAAGUCGACUGCCCUGCAGUCCUUGACGUUGAUUGAAUGUAAUGUCAACGUCCACUUUCUCGAAUAUGUCCUCAGCCUACCGAAAGCUCUCAAGGAACUCUCCAUCGGCGAGAGACUCUUCACCUUUGACGAAUGCGAACCCUCCAAGGAUCCGACAACACGCACAUCUUCUCCCGUAUUUCUCAAGGCACUGCAACAGCAAGCAGACUCGCUGAAGAGGUUGGUGCACGUCGGUGGCAAAGUAGCGAACAUGCCACCUCUUCAAAAAGACCCCAGCGGCGCUGCAGGUGCUGCAAAGCUUCGCUCCCUAGUAAACCUCGAAUACCUUGAGCUGGGCCUCGAAUCGCACCUCUACUACUACCUCCGCCAAGAUGGUGGAUUCCCGCCUGCUCUCAAGACUCUGAAACUGACAAACGCGGCCAUAUCCGUAAACGCCGAGCACAACAUAGAAAUGAGUUCAGACAUUGUGUUCCGGUCGCUCAGCUCGCUCGUUACAGAACAUCUUCCGUACAUGCUCAACGCGGGAUUCCAACUCCAAUUAAAGUACCACGAUCACUCCUUCUUCCGGCUUUUGGCCCAGACCGCAGCCUCCGUUACGGAACAGUCACAGCUCCUCAACAGCCUCUUCUUCGACCGCCCGACCAUCUACCGCAUCGCCCGUAUCCUGCAAAGCUACCAGGCUUCCUUUGUGGCGACGCGUGAGACGUUUUCUCAUGGGAUCGCGUAUAUCCCGCCAUUCAUGUACGGUGAGGAAGUGCCGGUUGAAGAGGUCAUGUAUGAUUCCAACCGCAUGUGGCACUUCAACGGGAUCGAUUACCAGAUGAUUGACGAUAGGGAACUGAGGGAGGAAAUGAGGAAGAGGGGGGAGUUGGUGCGGUGCGUCAUGUGUAGGCACAUGGGCAUUGAGGAUUGCUUGAAUGCGGGGGAUGGGAGCCGGUGUGUAGAGUGCAGGAACAGGAUGUUCGAAUGUGGUUAUCUGAGAGAUGAAGACGGGAGGAUUAUUUCGGCAGUUUGA